GAGGCCCAAGGGCUCUUUCUAACCAGGUUAGGCUGGGUCUGGUGGUAGUGCUGAGAACAGAACCUGACUCUUAAUAUGCUUGUGUUUUAUCGACUAGGCUAUGUUACUUAUGCUCCACAAACUGCUUUAAAUCUAUGUGCCUGCUUGUGUAUGCUGCAUGAAGCCAUCUUUGCCACCUUUGCAGAGUAUGUGGAAUUAUGCAAAACCUGAGGAAAACCCUGUUUUGGUGUUUCACUGUGAAAAGCACUGUGUAAAGGUCAAGCAUUAGGCUCUUUCUCAGAUGGUGGGGAGUUGAGCAUGUUGCUAAACUGACUUAAGGGUCUUGAUAUAACUCUUCCUCUGCCUGUGAAAUGGUAAUGUUUUAUCGAUGUACCAAACUGGUUUUGUUUGAGGAUUGAUUAGAAAUAUAUUUGCAGUGUAAUAUAAAGCAAAGCUGUAAUCUGUCAAAGUGAAGCAGCCGCAGCUUCUACAGUUAGAGCUUUUGCAGUGAAGAGUUUAGGCAAUGUGAUGAACAGAGGAGCUCUUUGCAGAACUUUCACCAGUAGAACUGAAAUUUUCCAUGACAUUUUAUAUGUAUGGAUGAGAAGGGAGUAAAGAACGUAAGGCCCAAGUGGCUUGACAGCUUAUUAGCAAGAAAAUGCUUUCUCCUGUCUCUUAAAAAAAAAAAAAAAUUAACCUUCUUGUGACUGGGGAUAGAAAGUUGAAACUGUCAGGCAAAUAGCCACCAUCCAGGAGAAAUGCUUCUGAACGCUUUCGUGAAAGCUAGCUUUGAUUUGACAGUUAUGAGUCUUCGAAAAUAGCGCUGUGUUUACACAGUGCAGUAAAUACUUUGAAGUAGUUUAGGCUUUGCUGUACAUGAGUGGCUAACUAGAAAAAUACUAAAUGUGUGCAUCUUGUGUUGAAUGAGGGAGGAUUUUGCAGCAAUUGGAAUUGCAUAUACUUCAUACUUUUAUAAGAGCUUACCAUAGGAGCAGAUUCGAUAAUAGACCUCAUUAUAGAAUUGCUUAAUUUCUUGUAAAAAUAAAAUUUUUACAUGCAGUGCUUUGAGAUCUUUUCGGUGACCUUGUGUUAUUUAUAAAACAUCAGUUUUUCAUCCCAGCAGCUUUGAUAUAAUCAUGUAGCAUCUCAGAGUACUGUGCACGUGCACUGUUUGCUUGCUAGAGUUCUUUGAAGUUCCUUACUCGUUAGUAGAGUCAUUGCUCUGUUGAAAAUCCUACAUUUAACAACUGGGAAACCAGUAUGCAGAAGCACUUUGUGUCACAUAAGGUUGUGAUACCUACAACAUGCCUAACGUGGGCCUAAAAGCAAAGGAGUGAGAAGUUCAACUUGUCAGGAACACGUACCCCUUGACACACACCUUACCCACUAGGAGAACUAUUGUAAGCCACAUAAAAUGUAGUAAUUCUUCAGCUUUGCCCCCGUGGGAAUGCCUGCUUUGCCCUGCUGACUUCCCCCAGUGCGAGUAUGUGUUGUUAUAGAACUGCAGGAGGGCUCGUGUAAGGGAGAAGAGCGGAGGGUGCAAGGGAGAAGAGCGGAGGGACGUCUGGUGGUGACAGUACUGAAUGAAAACUGGUGUAGCAGGCAGUGCUGGAAGGUAGUGAUGUUUAGGGGAGCCUUGAAAAACUGCUCAUGUGGGAUAAGAGAGAGAGAGAGAGACCAAGUAUCUGUGUGGGUCGCCCCCAGCAAUUCUGAAAGGCAUCGUGUGUAAUGUCCCCUUACAGCAUCCUGGGGAAUUACUACUGGCUGUGGCGCUAGAUUUUCCUUGGAGGAGGUCUGUCCUAUACUGACCCAUCGCAGCCCCAUUUAGCUUAUGAAAACUGACAGGAUUGCAGCCUGAGGUGUUAUGCCUGAGGACUGCUUCGUAUCUUUUGUUCUGGAAACGUAGAGAAGGGAUACAGAAAUAAAUAGAAAAAGUACUUGCGUCUUUCCGUGCUGAACUGAUAGGUAGCUUAUUUCUCCCAAGCCUUCUGCUUGAACGUUGUGGAGUUACUAUAUAUUGAAGGACAAACUGGUAUCUCUUUAGUCCUGUCUUCCUAUCCAUUGUUUUUUCCAUCUUUUUUUUUUUUUCUCCUCCGUGGGUUAGUUUCUGAAGAAUGCGCUGCUGACAUGGUUUUUGCAGGUGUCUUUUACCUGUUGUCCAUGCUGAUGCUUCUAUUUAAACUUUCUGAAAAAUAAACCCGGAGAAGUAAGGGAAAAGAGAUCUCCUCUAGCUCCAGACAUGUUACCCGCUUCCUGAGAAGCGGAUCAAAUUUUGAUAGAAGGCGACACUAUGAAGGCAGUGCGUGGAAACUCCAGUAUUGCCCACUGGGCUUCUGCAUGUAGUGUUGACUGAUGCUAGGUGUGAAACUGCUAACAUGGUGUAGUAAGCCAUAGAAGCCUUUCUUAUAUUAGGGAAAUACUGAUAAAACAUUUUUUGAAAAAUCCCUUAUUGCUAAAAGCAUUUGAUCUUUAUCAGCGUUAACAAUAGUAGGGACUCUACAACAAGACAGGCCGCUGCUAAGGUAAGUGGUGCUACACGUGAAGUGCUCAAAACUCCAGUGGUAAUGUACAUAGACUGCUCCCAACAUUGCUAACAUAGGUGGAGCCGAACUGAUAUUGGCAACUGCACUGAAAUACACUGAGGCUGAACUGAUGUUAGCGUGACGUCACAUGUAUUAAGGGUUAUGUGACGGCGUCACGCCCUAAGAGCAGCCUGGCUGACCUAUAGCUGCAAAUGUUGCUAAUGCUGGUGAGGCUGAAAUGGUGUUAGCAGCAGCAGCAGAUGCUCAUAGCCUUCUUGUACAGACACCGAUAGUUGUAUCUUAGGCUUUGUCUUUUUCCAAAAUGGAUUUCUGGAACUAUGUCGAGAGUUUACCAAAAGACCACGCUCCAGUCUGAGGCAGACUGAGGAGUUCAUGGUUUUAUACCAGAGCACCAGCUGGAAAACUGAAUGGAGCUUCAAAUGUGUGUAUACACCUUGAAUCUGCUCACCAGUCUCUGCGUCUGUCUCCUCCGUUGCUGUAUGGAAGGAAUUGUGGAAAACUGUGCAAAAUCAGAAACAGUCUAGGAGAGUUAUUCUUCCUCAGGAGAGUUAUUCUUCCUCACUGUAUUAUUAACCUACUGAAUUAUGAUUAGAUGCACCAAAAGAACAAACAAACAAAAACCCCACACACUUAGUCUUCUGGACAAAAAGUGCUACUGACAAAUCUUGAAAUGGUAGUUAUAAGUUUAGUGGACCACAUGCUCUUGAAGAUGUACAGUGUCUAUUGCAAAAGGGGUAUUUUAGAAUGGUUUUGUACAUACCCAGAGUGAAUAACUACUUGAACAGCCUUUACGUCGUGGCUAGUGUGUGUUAUCCUUGUGCUUAUUGGAAGAAGGAAGGAAGAGGAUAGUCCGUGCAGAUACCACUGAAAUGAGAGCAGGAGAUGGUAACACUGGAAAUGUCACAGGACACUCCUUUCUCUGAGCCUUUGGGUUUGCAUUGUGCUCUGUCAUGGCUAUCCUAAAAGCAAUUUUUAAGGAUGGAGAGCAAAAGGUUGGACUCUCUGUGACCAUCUCUGUUUUGAAUGGACUUCAGGAAAGAUUGGUUCUCUUACAGCACUGUGGAGGUUGUAAUGAGCCUGGUGAAGAUUAUGUAGGCCCCCUAUUGAUGUAGCAAAAUAAAAUUAAGUGACAUAAGUUCUGGAUUCUUCUCUUGAUGGAGUCACUUCUGGUACAAGAAUUUAAGCAAAGAGAUAAUGUUGCACAGACUUAGGAUGAGCAGUCACUUCUCUGACUUCUGUCUUCCUGAUUUUGGGAAAUUGUGAGAACCUUGUGUGUGGCAUCUUUUUUUAUUGCCAAGACGUACACAUAGCAAAGUCCAUACUGUUCCAGGAUAAGUUAGGACCAUCUAGAAACUGGUGUCUAGCCGUGGCUGCAAGUUGUUAACUGAUAGCUCAGUAUUAACAAAUCAGCCAUUGGUGCUGAGAAAUCGAUUUAUAAGCAAAUGGCAUUUAUGGCUUACCAGGAAACGACAGAACUUGCUAGUUUCCCCAAAUCGGGAGCAGGUUUUGAGCAGAAUAUGGUCCCUGUGCUGCAUGAGGUGCCACUAGUUGCAAGUGGCUGUUGUCUUUCUGGCAGAAGGAGCAGCUGAUCAUGCCAGGUAAAAGGCUCUUGCACAAUUGAUGAGGGCGUAGUUUGAUCGGAGGAUGAGGUUUGCAAACACUGCUGCAGGGAGAGUCAGCACAGUAGGUAGUCAGGCUAUCUACUGGUUCCUUCCUUGGACAAGAAGGGUUGUCUUGUGUUUAGAUGGUAUGUGUAUUGACACUGUAUCUCUAGCCCCAGUUAUUCUUCAGGUACCCACUGUAUUUUCUGCCCUUGCUUAAGAAGAGAGGGAGGGGGAACAGGGCAGGGGAAGGAUGUAGGUAUAUUUGAACAACUGGCUUAAGCCUAUCCAAAUGUAUGCCGUCAGUCACUGCUGCCUCCCUUGUGCCAGUACCAGUGAGUGUGUGGCCACCUGGCUGGCUGAAACAGGAAGCCCAUCUGCUGAAAAUUAGUUGUAUUUGUUCUAGAGUUAUUUUUCAGCUGGGCCAUCACAAGUGCUCAUGAUGUCUGGAAGGGCUAGACUCGCACAGGCUUAGGCUGACUGAAGUUGCUUUCCUGGCUCCAGCAUGCACUUGGCCAGCUGAAGGCAAGGUGACGUUUUCUGCAAACCUAUUCGGCUACUGGUGGGCCCAGUACUAAUUGUAUUACUACAGCAUACUUUAUAUUGGGUUCAUGGGAAAGGGUGAGGAGGACAGUUUUUGCCAAGAGUGGGUGGCAGGCUUAAAGGCGUAACUGAAAGCCCUCAGUAAUGGCCAUAUCUAGAGAGUGGGGCUGGUUCAAAGCAUUAAAAAGUGUCCUGUCUCCCCAUACCCUUUAAUGUCCUAGGGAGAUUUGUGUGAUGUUAGAUUAUUCAUGUCAAUUUAUCUAUUUGCUUUUACUUUCGUGUGGUCUUAAGACAGUUCAGUAAAGGCAUUGGAUAACGCUUCUUGCCUCCUCCUUGUUUCACGGUUGCGCUCUUAUCAACGAGGUGUGCAACCAAAUACUUCAUUAAACAACAGCUUAUACAAAAUAACAUGGGUUGUUCAGCUGCAAGUGUAUGAAAUAAGCAAAUGUUAGCAAAACCGCGGAGUGCGGCACAUGGUGAAAGCCAGCGGUGGCUCUCGGGUUAUGGGUGUAGUGGAGUCACCUCUUGCCAGUGCAGCUGUUCUCCCUCUUACGUGGCCGAACGAGGGUCGGAGGGCUAGGAUGAGCCCAUCCCAGAAAAACUGUGCUGAAAGAGCGUGUCGGUUGAUUCUCUGCCUUACCCCACCUCUCAGGUCACCCGGGGAAUCCACUGAUGGAUACGCGUGCAGCCCGUUUUUUCCUGGUGUCUAUCAGGGUGAGCAGUCACUUGAACAGCUCCUGCUGCCGAUGCUGCCGUUCCUGAUCCCUCCUGAAGCCGCAGCUCUUCGCAGAGCAGUCUGCUACUCUGCGCUCUCUCUCCUUUCUCUCCCACUCCCCUACCGCAGCUAGAGUUCAGGGUGCUGGCUCAGCUUGUGUUCAGACUCAUCGUUUGUUUUCUGUAGCAGCAGGUCUCUAGCCUUUUUUCUUUUCCCAUGCUGAUUUUGGGCUCUUGCCACCCUCAGUCCAGCACAGAUUGACAGUCUCAGAAAGGCUGGGGAAAAAAGAAAUGUGCUCGCUCUUGUACACAGAGAAAGAGGUUUCUUGCCUUUAAUGCUUCCUGUCACAGUCAGGCCACGAGGUUGAUACUUUUAUCUACUUGGUAUGCCUUUAUUUCAUCUCUCCACAUUCUCCUCCUCAAAGAGGGAGACAAGACUGAAGUGAAUCAAUGAUAACUGCAGUCUUUGCUGCUGAAGCAGCCGUAAUACUGUACAUCUCCAAGUAUCUGGCCACUUGUCACUUGUAAGGUACAGAAGCACCACUCUGAAGUUUAAAGGGAAAAAGGAGGAAAGAGCUGGUUUGGAUUUUUUUUUUUUUUAAACUUUUGUUUACACUAUGGUAGUAUGGUGGCUAGUUCAUAGAAGUAAAGGGAUGGUUCAUGAAUAAGUUACCAAAAGGUAAGCUACGAUGUGGAUAUGUGUCAUGUUAGUCACUCUGCGGUCACUGCUUGUGUACGUACUCUCUCACCCUUUUGCUCUUAAAUCCACUGAGGAGCAAGCAGUCUUGCACUAACCAUGGGCUGGGAGCGUGCAGAUGGGCAGCAACGAUGGUAAAUCGGGGCAUGGGAUUGCAUUGCAAUAACGUGCGUGUGUAGCCUUGAAGGUGGUUUGUGUCUGAUCGGUUGUCUCCUCCUUUCAGCCCAGUUGUGUAAAGCCGUCUUUCUCCAGUGCUGUGCCAAGCAGAACUUGAAUGUUUCAAGCGACAGAGCUCUGACAGUUUUCUGUGAUAGAUUCUCCCCGUCCUGAUGCGUGGCUGGUGUUCGAGUGUUUUCCCUUUCAAGGGAAAAGGUGAUCUUGCCGCUGCUUUGAUAGAGGUGUGUCCCUACUGGCACUGGCAGGGUUUAGCCUGUAUUGUUUUGCUGGGUGGGGUGGGGGAAAGAGAAGAGACGAUCUAACUGGGUAAUUGGAUUCAGGGAUGAUUCUGCUGCUGUGGUAGGUUUUACUGGAUGAAGCGGCUUGUUGCGAUAGGUGUUUGCUUGGGCUUCUGUCUGCAGGUGUGACUUAGCUAGAUAAGGAUGGUCUGUCACGUCGAUGAUUUCAUUGUUUGAUUUGGCUGGACUGGGUGGAGAAUGUAGCUCCAUUGUUUGGGACUAGCUUUGUAGUUCGGUUUUGGUGGGGUAGAUUACAUGGUAGAGUAUUGCUACAUUAUUCAGGUGAAGCUGCAGCAGAUAAUAGUUGGAGAAUGUCGGAGGGAAGGGAAUAUGCGCAAGGUUUCACAAUGCGUAACUAAUUGAGCCUUGCAGCAGCUCUUGUGUUUGGGUUGGACAGAUCUGGUCAGCAGAAUAUGCUGAGAUGGCACAGAAAACUUCUGGUAGUGAUUUCAAUUUGCAGUCAUACUUUAACUGCAGUGCUGCCCAUGCUGUGUAAAUAGCUGAGAGUGCACUGAGAGAUGGUAUUUGGCCCUGACAGUUUGAAUGCUGCCUGGAUUCAUGCUGUUCUUGCAGCCUCCCCAGUGUUCAAAGAGGGUGAGGUAGAAGAAGCUGGCACAUAGCUGCUCUUUCAUUCUGCACUGACCUCAAAUUUACCAUUGAGCCAUGCCUCAGAGUCUGAGUUUCUUUGUAUUGCUGAACUUUCAGGCUCUUAUGUAUGUUUGUUUUAACAUGUGAUUGAACGUUAAUUGAUGCAGGGUUAUCUCCAUUAACUGAAAGGGUGGCUGAUCAGUUCUUAGGCUGUGAACUAUUUUGGCCUUAUAGGAAAUAACUGUAGCGCGAGGGGGGAUCUAGUGUCAUAUCUGCCUCUCUAGCUUGGGCAAACUUACAGCAUGCCUUACUUGGGAAAGUUUUUUAUUGGACUCACUUCUUCCUGUAGUGCAGCACAAUGAUAUAAAGUAGGAGCUGACAGAAGAGUAGACAGUGCUUUUUCCUUCUUCUGAAAUCUGCCUGAUUUUUCCCUAGAUGUGACUGAGCAACUGCCUGGCUUUACCUGGUGCUUGGUGUUUUUACUUAUAGCUAGUCAGGCUGUCUGAAGGUGUAUAUAUGCAGGGCAGGGGUUUGGCAGAAGAGUUGGGCUUGUAAGUGAGGGGAAGGUAAGCCUUUGAAGAGAGAUGGGUGAAGAGAAGGGGAGGUUACUUGUACGAGCUUUGUGCCAGCUCCUCGGAGCGCAGAUGAGCUCAUGGGAAUCCAGCUAGCUCAAAUGUGGGAGGGCUGAAGCAGGUCUGAGCUAUUUCCCCUCUGUACGUUCAUGUGCAGCAGACAUCUUUAAACUAUUCUAAUCUGACUAUGGCUUUUUCAGUGCUGACAAAUCUUGGCAGUUUGAGCAAAGGCUCCCACUUGUCAGUAGUUCAGAGCAAGUUUUGAUUCCUCUUCUGUGGCUGGACGUGCCAGAGGGAAGGGUGGCAGCUUGGCGAUGUGGUGCAUUCUUGCUGGUGAAACUCUUCCUUUCCCCUCUGUUUUCAGGUGAUCUUUGCUUGUGAGAGCAGUGGUUCCCGACUCAUGGCCUCCACAAUGAGUACUGCUGUGUCGUGACACCAGGGGUCUCGGGUGCCCUGGAGAUGCGAGACUUCCCCUGGGCAGCAGGAGGCACACAUCUAGAGAAUGCUGGAGCUGCAGGAGGGAAGUGCCCAGUGCAAAACCAGAGAGGAGCAAAGAGAAAAAAGGCAAGCAGACAGACAGCGUUGAGAGAAGCGGGUGGCAGAAAGCGCUUCAGAGCUGCCUGUGGCGGCAGGCUUCCCAGAGGAACUUGACGAGAGCCCAUCUGCCUGCGUGUGAGACUGUGAGCUCAGGAUUUCUGUCAAUGCAUUCCAGUAACCCCAAAGUGAGGAACUCCCCGUCAGGCAACACACAGAGUAGCCCCAAAUCAAAGCAGGAGGUGAUGGUCCGUCCCCCCACAGUGAUGUCCCCGUCUGGCAACCCCCAGCUGGAUUCCAAAUUUUCCAACCAGGGCAAACAGGGGGGCCCCCCCAGCCAAUCCCAGCCCUCUCCCUGUGACCCCAAAAGUGGAGGUCACCCCCCCAAAGUACUCCCUGGCCCAGGUGGAAGCAUGGGGCUGAAGAAUGGGGCUGGAAAUGGUGCCAAGGGGAGGAAAUUUUUCAUUUCGGCAGAUUCCUUCGAACAGAGGGAUGCUGGGACUCCUAAUGACGACCCUGAAAUCAAAGACUGCAAUUCUGCUGAUCAUGUGAAGUCCCAGGAUUCUCAGCACACACCACACUCCAUGACUCCUUCAAAUGCUUCAGCCCCAAGGUCUUCCACACCUUCCCAUGGCCUGACUGCUGCUUUGGAGCCAGCAAGUGGGCAGAAAACUCCAUCCAAAGUGGUUUACGUCUUUUCUACUGAGAUGGCCAACAAGGCUGCAGAAGCUGUGCUGAAGGGACAGGUGGAAACCAUUGUGUCCUUUCAUAUCCAGAACAUCUCAAACAGCAAGGCAGAACGAAACACUGUACCCUUGAACCCCCCGAUCACUGCACUUCGGACUGAAGCCAAGCCCCUGCCGCAGCCGCAGCCUCCCACCGCCCAGGACCAGAACCCUCCGCAGAACGCCAAAAUGCAGCCGACUCCACCCGUGUCAGCACCAGUAUCCAAAUCCACUGGCCCCCCGUGCCCCAUAGAUCAGGACAGUCCCAGCGUGGAAAGCAAAGUGAUGUCUGUGGGCAGCCCUGCCAACUCUACCCCGUUGCAGACAGAAGGAUUUGGGCAGAGUUCGACCCCCAAUAAUCGAGCAGUUAGCCCAGUCUCGCAAGGUAGCAAUAGCUCUGGUGCAGACCCCAAAGGUCCUCCCCAGCAGGUGUCUGGUGGGGACCCAUCCAGUUUGGGUGAGAAUCCAGAUGGACUGUCUCAGGAGCAGCUGGAACAUCGAGAGCGCUCGUUGCAGACCCUGAGAGACAUACAGCGCAUGCUCUUCCCUGAUGAGAAGGAAUUUGCAGGAGGGCAAAGCGGGGGGCCACCCCCAAAUUCUGGGGUGCUGGAUGGUCCCCAAAAGAAACCUGAAGGGCCCAUACAGGCCAUGAUGGCUCAAUCCCAAAGUUUAGGCAAAGGGUCGGGGUCUCGGACAGAUGGAGGGGCUCCGUUUGGCCCUCAAGGACACAGGGACAUGCCCUUUUCCCCAGAUGAAAUGGGGCCACCACCCAUGAACUCCCAGUCGGGACCCAUAGGCCCAGACCACCUAGACCACAUGACUCCUGAGCAGGUGGCCUGGCUCAAGCUGCAGCAGGAGUUUUAUGAGGAGAAGAGGAGAAAGCAAGAGCAGGUUGUUGUGCAACAGUGUUCCCUGCAGGACAUGAUGGUCCAUCAGCACGGGCCUCGCGGAGUGGUUCGAGGGCCUCCCCCUCCAUACCAGAUGACCCCUGGGGAAGGCUGGGGCCCUGGGGGUCCAGAGCCCUUCCCUGAAGGCAUGAACAUGUCACACUCUCUGCCCCCCAGAGGCAUGGCCCCUCAUCCCAACAUGCCUGGGAGCCAGAUGCGCCUGCCUGGUUUUGCAGGAAUGAUGAACCCUGACAUGGAGGGCCCCAGUGUCCCAAAUCCCGCCUCCAGACCUGGGCUUUCGGGGGUUAGCUGGCCAGAUGAUGUGCCAAAAAUCCCAGAUGGCCGAAACUUCCCUCCUGGCCAGGGUGUCUUCAGUGGCCCUGGCCGAGGGGAGAGAUUCCCCAAUCCGCAGGGCCUGCCCGAAGAGAUCUAUCAGCAGCAGUUGGCUGAGAAACAGAUGGGCCUCCCUCCUGGCCUGAACAUGGAAGGCAUCAGGCCUGGCAUGGAGUUAAACAGAAUGAUUCCCUCCCAGAGACACAUGGAGCCUGGGAAUAACCCCAUCUUCCCUCGCAUGCCAGUGGAAGGGCCUAUGAGCCCCUCCAGGGGGGACUUCCCAAAAGGAAUACCCCCACAAAUGGGCUCUAGUAGGGAGCUGGAGUUUGGGAUGGGCCCUGGCAGCAUGAAGGGGGGGGACAUGGCUAUGAAUGUCAGCAUGGCCUCCAACCCACCCCUGGUACCUCAGAAGUUGAGGGAGGCAGGAGUGGGGCCCGAAGAGAUGAUGAAAUUACGACCUGGUGUCUCGGAGAUGCUCUCCUCCCAGCAGAAAAUGGUGCCGUUGCCAUUUGGAGAGCACCCCCAGCAGGAGUAUGGCAUGGGUCCCAGGCCUUUCCUUCCCAUGUCUCAGGGCCCAGGAGUUGGUCUCCGAAAUCUCAGAGAACAGAUCGGGCCUGACCAAAGGACUAACAACCGGCUCAGCCACAUGCCGCCACUACCUCUCAAUCCCACCAGUAACCCGAAUAGCCUCAACACUGCUCCCCCUGCACAGCGCAGCCUAGGCCGCAAGCCUUUGGAUAUCUCUGCAGCCGGUCAGGUGCAUUCUCCAGGAAUCAACCCCCUGAAGUCUCCCACAAUGCGCCAGGUCCAGUCUCCCAUGAUGGGGUCUCCGUCGGGGAACCUCAAGUCUCCUCAGACGCCCUCCCAGCUGGCAGGAAUGGUAGCAGCUGCAGCAACUGCUGCCUCCAUUAAGUCCCCUCCUGUUUUGGGGUCUGCUGCUGCUUCUCCUGUCCACCUCAAGUCUCCAUCUCUCCCCGCACCUUCUCCGGGCUGGACUUCGUCUCCAAAGCCUCCUUUGCAGAGCCCUGGGAUUCCCCCAAACCACAAGGCGUCUCUCACAAUGUCUUCUCCAGCCAUGUUGGGGAAUGUGGAGUCAGGUGGUCCACCUCCUUCCACAGUCAGCCAGUCUGCCCCCGUGACUCUCCCUGGAAAUCUUCCCUCUAGCAGCCCUUACACAAUGCCUCCAGAGCCGACCCUCUCCCAGAAUCCUCUCUCCAUUAUGAUGUCUAGGAUGUCCAAAUUUGCCAUGCCCAGCUCUACGCCACUCUAUCAUGAUGCCAUCAAAACUGUGGCCAGCUCGGAUGAUGACUCCCCUCCAGCGCGCUCCCCAAACUUGCCACCUAUGAACAGUGUACCAGGAAUGGGCAUUAAUUCUCAGAAUCCUCGAAUUUCAGGUCCAAACCCAGUGGGUCCAAUGCCAACCCUUAGCCCAAUGGGAAUGACCCAGCCUCUUUCCCAUAACAACCAGAUGCCCUCUCCAAAUGCUAUGGGACCCAAUAUACCUCCUCAUGGGGUCCCCGUGGGACCUGGCCUGAUGUCACACAACCCGAUGAUGGGGCAUGGAUCCCAAGAUUCUCCAAUGGUACCUCAAGGACGCCUGGGCUUCCCACAGGGGUUCCCUCCUGUACAGUCUCCUCCACAGCAGGUGCCAUUUCCACACAAUGGGCCCAGCGGGGAAGGACCUCUGGGGCGUCCUGCUAACCUGCCCCAAAGUUCGACAGAUCCAGCACUUUGCAAGACUGGAGGCCCUGGUGGUCCAGAUUCCUUCACUGUUCUUGGAAACAAUAUGCCUUCAGUUUUCACUGAUCCGGAGCUGCAGGAGGUGAUCCGUCCUGGAGCCACGGGAAUACCUGAGUUUGACCUGUCCAGGAUUAUCCCAUCGGAGAAGCCUAGCCAGACACUACAGUAUUUCCCUCGUGGGGAGGUGCCAGGCCGCAAGCAGCCACAGGGUCCCGGACCUGGGUUUUCCCACAUGCAGGGGAUGAUAGGAGACCAGACCCCGAGGAUGGGACUAACGCUACCUGGCAUGGGGGGCCCCGGGCCGGUGGGGACUCCAGAUAUCCCCCUUGGGACAGCUCCAUCCAUGCCAGGCCAUAACCCGAUGAGACCGCCUGCCUUUCUGCAGCAAGGCAUGAUGGGGCCGCACCAUCGCAUGAUGUCACCAGCACAAACGGCGAUGCCUGGCCAGCCCGCGUUAAUGAGUAACCCCGUGGCCGCUGUGGGCAUGAUCCCAGGCAAGGACCGAGCCCCUGCAGGGCUGUACAGCCACCCAGGUCCUGUAGGCUCACCUGGUAUGAUGAUGUCAAUGCAGGGCAUGAUGGGACCCCAACAGAACAUCAUGAUUCCCCCCCAGAUGAGACCCCGCGGUAUGGCUGCUGAUGUUGGCAUGGGAGGAUUUAGCCAAGGCCCUGGAAACCCAGGGAACAUGAUGUUUUAAGCUGCUACCGUAAGACUGGAUGUUCUGAUCCUUGUCAAGAUGAGAUUCCAAGUCCUGAGAGCUUUUUUGGGAGCUUCAGGAGUACAGUUUGGCCAUGCAAUAGGUGAAAAGAGACCAGAGGACGCUUUGGGAAAUCUCGAAUGUAUGGAAUUACCUGAAAAAAAAAUAUUCAUUUUAACAGGUUGUUUUUUUUCGUUUGUUUGUUUUUUUUUUUUUUUAAGAUUUAUUUUUUAAAAAUUAUUUUUGUGGACUUGGGUAUCCCGUGACGGCACCUGCUUUGAGAAUCUGUAGCUGUAUUUUGAGAAUUGCCAUUUGUCACAAGUUGCACCAUUCUCUGUAUGUUUACGUCCUUCGGACUGGCUUCUCCCAGGACUUUCGGUUAUUUUUGGGUUUUUUUGUGUACUGUACUAUAUUGUAAAAGGGAUUUUAGCAGAGACUUUAGUCUUUGGGGUGAGAGGAGAAUGGGAUUCUAGGCUGUUUACUUUAGGUGGAGAAUCCAUCUUCAGAACUUCGGACUAUUUUCCUUCAACUCCAAUGUAUAGAAAAACCAAACUACGACCUCAGAGCAGAGUAUUAAUGAAAAGCACAAAAAGGAACUUAAGUUCAGUGAGGGGAAUCUUUUAAAAGAAAUAAAUAAUAAGUUAAGGACAUAUUUUUCAAAUUAUGGCGUGCUGUCCAGCACCUUCUGUCUCUCCCUCCCACUCUUUAUUAAAUAGGCUUCUCUCUCUCUCCGUCCCCCUUCUGUCUCCUCCUAUGGCAGCUGCAAUACAUUGUGUUAUUUUGGGGAGAAAAUCUAGGAGAGCCUCUCCUCAUGUGGGGACUCUCCCCACUUUCAGGAAGGGGCUGGACUUGGACACUGUUACAUUCUACAGUAGUCUCUCUCACUGUUUCCUAUUCUCCUUUUCUUAGAAACCCCAAGUGAUUUUAUUAAUGUGGGAGUGGAACAGACACUAAAAGUUAUCCAGGAUUUUUUUGUGGUUAUUUUUUUUUCUUCCCCAGCGUAAAACGUUCUGUGUAACCUCCAUUAAAUUUGGUACAAAACCACUCGCCAGGGCUGUGGUGUCAGAAAAAUAAAAUAUAUUGUUUCUUACAAA